GUUUUCUCUAGCAUGGCAACCGCGGCGGUUGGGCGCGUGCUGGCGGGGGGCCGCGGCUGGAGCACAGCGGUCAAAGCCAGAAAGCUGCCGGUGGGGUCGAAGAUGGGAAGGCUAAUCUGCAUUACCACUUCAGCAUCGCAGAAGAAAAGUAAUGUUCCUCCAGGACCUAAACAAUACACAGAAUCUUUUAUUAAAAAACAGAUUGAAGAGUUCAACAUAGGAAAGAGACAUUUAGCUAACAUGAUGGGAGAAGAUCCAGAAAGUUUUACCCAAGAGGAUAUUGAUAAAGCAAUUGCCUAUUUAUUUCCUUCCGGUCUAUUUGAAAAAAGGGCCAGGCCUUUCAUGAAGCACCCUGAGGAAGUGUUUCCAAAGACAAGUGUUAUUCAAUGGAAUGAAGAUGGUCGUCCAUUUAAUUUUCUUUUUUAUACUGGCAAGCAGUCAUACUAUUCUUUAAUGCAUGAGAUGUACAGUAAAUUACUACAUAUUCAAAAUUACCAAGAUCAACUGUAUGCUCAAGGAUUGCUUUCUGAGGAUAAAGCAUCUAUGAACCUGAUUGGCAGCAGAUGGCUGAUUAAAGAGGAAUUGGAAGAAAUGUUAGUGGAAAAACUGUCAGAUCAAGAUUAUUUAAGGUGUAUUCAGCUGCUGGAAAGAUCAGUAGCACUAUCAUACUGUGAUAUAGAAGAAGAUUAUCUACUUAAAUUUCGCAAGCAAUUACCUAUACAAUCCAAAAAACAAUCAUUUGAACCCCUGAAAUACGAUGAGCAAGGAGUGGCCUUUAGCACUGCAGAAGGUAGGAGAAAGUCAGCAAUAGCAACUGCUACACUUCAUGCAAAUGGAAGUGGAAAAUUCACUAUAAAUGGAGAUAAUUAUUUACUUUACUUCCCAGUGUUGCAGGACAGAGAACAGCUGAUGUUCCCGUUCCAAUUUCUUGAUCACUUAGAGAAGUAUGACGUAGUCUGCUCUGUAUCUGGAGGAGGAAGAAGCGGACAAGCAGGAGCAAUUCGCUUAGCCAUAGCAAGAGCUUUAUGUAGUUUUAUUACUGAAGAUGAAGUAGAAUUCAUGAGGCAAGCUGGUCUCCUCACGUCUGAUCCCCGUGUGAGAGAACGGAAGAAGCCUGGCCAAGAGGGAGCCCGCAGAAAGUUCACAUGGAAGAAGCGCUAAAACUGAAAAUGUAUUUUAUAGGAAUCAAUCUUUGUAAUUAAACUGUAUUUUACCUUUCCUGCCA